AGAACCAUCAAAUUAUGAUGUAACUCUAAUAUUUUCUUUUUUGUUUGAAAUAUUCAAAUCAAAAGUAUCAUACACACACAUUGGCCCUGUGAGAAGUCUCAGUCAACUAGAGUGCCUCCUGAAGGAGGCCAAAGACAUGAGAAAUGAUGUUAUGCAUAAAGUCGCUGUCAGUGCUGUUGACCCUACGAAGUUUGAUGAAAUCAUCAAAGUGAUGCAUGAUGUGAUAGAUGAAGCUGGCAAUGUGUGCAGCAUCCCUGCUGAUGAAGUUACAAGUGUCAAAACCCAGGUAGAUGGGAUGUGGGAUGAAGUGCGCACAGAUAAUGAAAAAGCUAAGGCUUAUUGUUGCUUUUUCCUGCAAACUUAUGGAAACAAAGAAGCCAAAGUCAUGUGGGAAGCGAUGUUUGCUGAAGAAACUCUACUCUUUGGUGAUGACAAAGUUGAAUGCUCAAAAGUUUUUUAUCCUCUGGAAUUGACACUAAAGAAAUCUAAAGAUCAACCUGAACGCAGGAUCUCCUACACUGAACUCCUAACCGGCAAUGAUAAGUUCAUAGUAGUCAUUGGUGACUCCGGGUAUGGGAAAUCCACUUUGGCCAAGAACUUGAUGAUACAGCACCAUGGUAUCUCAGAUGCAGAGGUAGAAAUGUUCAAUCUAAAGAAUCACAAUUUGUUGCUUUAUUUUGAAUGCAGGAAUGUUUCUACAAAAGAAUUUACUGAUGUAGUAAAGGAAAACUUUGGGAAAGUGUGCCAGAAACUUGGCUCUAAAACUGUCAUCAAAGGAAUCACUGAGUCUAACCCUUUGAUUCUCAUUGAUGGCUAUGAUGAAUGUCAUAAAGACUCGUAUGAGGUUGUGCAACAGAUGGUGAACAAAAUGAGGAACCAUGAGUGUCGUGUGAUCAUCACCACCAGGCCAAGUGGUGCUGAUGAGCUCAACGACUUUCUGAAGCGAGAAGGCGUGAAGUUCCAAGAGUAUGAGAUAUCAGAAAUUUGUGAUUUAGAUGAACAACUAAGAUUUCUGGAGAAGUAUGAAAAAUAUGUCACUCCACAUGCUGAGGAAGUUGUGAAGAGCUUCAGCUCUCUUGGAUGGAGCAUUCAAGAACUUUUUGUUCGUCCAAUUAAUUUGGUUCUCUUUUGUCACCUUGUCUGGAACUUCCCUGAAAGGAUAAAUAAUUUGAAAUCUCAUGCUGCUGUAGCUCGAGUCACGUAUGAUCUGUAUUUGAAAAUUAUUAAUUCUAAGCUGGCAAACAUGAAAAUUGUUGACAAAUCUGGCCUUAUCAUUUCUUUCCUCCAAGACUUGAGCAAUUUCUCCUUGAAAAUGAUUUGUGAAGGUCAUUUCGUUUUCUCUGAAAAGCAAGUUGCCGAUCUUAAAUGCAGUAUCAGAUCAAAACUCAAAGAAUAUGGGGUGCUUGGGACGCUUGAUCCUAAUGCACUUCUGGGUGUUGUCUUGAAAAUAAAACGUCCAAUGAAAAGUUUUGAGUCGUGCACAUAUUUCUUCCAUCACAAGAGCAUACAGGAACUGUUUGCUUCCAAGCCUGUCUUAAUGGAGCUCCGUAAGAAUAAUGCCUUACCGCCCAUCCUGAUGUCACAAAAAUUUGAUAUUUUCAAUCUGUCAGAAGUGCCCACAUAUGUGUUCAUGGAGCUGAGUGCUGCUGAGGAGUCCAUUGUCUUCUGGAAAAACUGGCCGCUCCUGUGUGAUGCUAUGGAACGCAUAGACAUGUAUGACUGGGAGCAAAUAUUGCUGAACUGUCGUGACUCGCAACAUAUUGCUGAAGCAAUUGCCGGAGUCUACUUGGCACACAGCAACAAAUGGAGCAUUGAUGCAGGCCACAAUGUUGAUGCCAUUGCGCUGCUGCUGCCCUACCAGCAGCCCGCCACGCUCAGUGACAUUCAAAGGAAUUCUUGA